AUGGCUGCUGACGAUGAAUUAGAGCGGGAUAAGCGCGCGAAGGAUCGGGCAUUGGCUAAACGGGAAUCGUACGUCGCUCGCAUUAAGGCUAUCCACGCGACCGCUCUAUCGGCCAGCGAUGAUGCGACCAAGGCGCCGCGGUUGCUCGCGGCAUCCGCCAAGCUGGAUAAUCUGUUGACUGGGUUCGAGAUUGAGGACAAUGCUGUGUUCGAAGCUUAUUGUGCUCUCGAUAUGUUGGGCGAGUAUACGACGGACCUUCUUGUUGAAGUAAACGAGUGGGUUUAUGAUAUCCAGUCUAUUGCUUCACGCUAUCGUGUUCAACCCGUCUCCGGGGGUGACCCUCACGUGGCACAACCCCGCGUUUUCCGUCGACUACCUGAAAUUCCAUUACCGCAAUUCGAUGGCGAUAUUUACAAGUGGCCCGCAUUCCAUGAUCAGUUCCUCGCGGUAGUGUCUCAAUUUCCGGACAUACCCGACAUCGAGCGGUUUUAUCACUUGCGUAGCUGUAUCCAGGGAAGUGCCGCCGACGUCAUCCGUGGUAUAUUGGUUUCGGGAGCCACCUUCGCCGUAGCCUGGGCCGCAUUGGUAUCGCGUUACGACAAGCCGCGUUUAGUCGCGAGAUCUUUUGUCGAACAAUUAUUGCAGGUACCUGUGGCGUCCGUGGACAGUUUGUCGGACUUGAAUAAAUUUAUGUCGGUGUUCGGUGAAGGUAUUUCAGUCCUUACCGCAUUACAGGUUCCAGACUUAGGCGAUUUCAUUUUGUUCUCACUGGCGUCACGGUGCCUUUCGUCGUCGUGUCGCACGUUGUUUGAGUCGGAAACGACAGGUGACUUUCCCACGGUGGAUGAUUUGUUCACAUUUAUCAAAAACCGUAUCGCUAUACUCGAGCGCGUACAAGGCACCGCCGGAAAACAGGCCGUGCUCGCGUCCCGUCCUAAGGACCGACCGUCUGCGCCGUCGAAAUGGUCACGUAAAAUGGAUCGACCAUCACCGACGUCAUUAGUCUCAGCUGUGCAAGUACCGGCGCCGUCGCCGCACACAGUUUCGUGUCAAUACUGCAAUAAGUCACACACGCUCGAUGUGUGCCGUAAAUUUAGUUCACUACCCGCGGAUGAACGCACGAAAUGGGCGCGUGCUCAAAGUAUUUGUUUCUCGUGUCACAGUCCUGGUCAUUGGUCACCUAGUUGUAAGGCGCCCGCCAAAUGUGCAAUUUGUUCACGCCGUCAUCAUAGUUUGUUGUAUCCGACGGCUACGGACGUUACGCCGUCAUCGGAGGCGGAGUCAGCUGCCAUCCCCACAUCGCUAUUAUCCGGGCUCGGGUCGCCGUCCGUCGUGCUUGGCACGGCGUUGGUACAUAUACGUGAUCGUUCUGGGAGUUUCCAAGUGGCCCGCGCGUUGAUCGAUUCGGCCUCACAAAUAAACGCGAUUUCACUGCCAUGCGCGAAGCGGCUAGGUCUCCGUUGGUCAACUUGGUCGGCACCAAUUUCGGGUUUAGCCGGCGUGCCGGUAGUCACGGUACAAGGACGAGUCGAUUGCCAUGUUGUGCCGCGCUACGCGUCCGAUCCAGUUUUAGCGUUCGAGUCAUGGGUUCUACCGUCUAUAACCGGUGACCUCCCGCGGCAUUCGUUGGAAUCGUCUGUACGGGAUAAGUUUUCGCACUUGGCGUUGGCGGACCCAGAUUUCCAUAUCGCCGCGCCGGUUGUUGUGGAUAAGUCGUUGCCGGCCGCGUUCAGUUCAUGUUUCGGGUGGAUCCUUAUUGGGUCAGUGUCGCCGUCAGAUAUAUCGAUCCCGCAACCACCUGCCGUGUCUCUACUCACGUCCGUGGAGCAAUUAAUCGACUGGUUUUGGCACAUCGAAGAGCCCGACGUAGCCCCGUUGAAGUUUACCGACGCCGGCAAAUGCGAAGCCGUAUUCCGUGAUAAUGUUGUCCGUGACGAGUCCGGCCGUUUUUCGGUUCCAUUGCCGUUUCGUGUGCCGUUGCAUGAUAAUCUAUUUCCUGGGUCUCGGGCGGUCGCAGCCAAACGGUUCGAUCAUCUCGAGCGAAAGCUAAGCUCGAACGAUCAAAUGCGCACCAAGUAUAACGAUUUUAUGUCGGAAUAUUUGUCACUCGGACACAUGUCAGUGGCGUCCACUCCUGGCCGGUAUUUUAUUCCGCAUCAUGCUGUGUGUGGCGCCGAUGAAAAAUUCCGCGUAGUGUUCGACGCGUCCGCUUCGGUCGCUGAUGGCUCGUCAUUAAACACUUCGUUAUUCCCGGGUCCAAAGCUACAACAGGACAUCGUAGAUGUGCUCACGCGGUUUCGUUUGUUCCGUCACGCAUUUACCACCGAUAUUUGUAAAAUGUACCGACAAAUUACGGUCCUUCCGCAAUAUCGUGCGUAUCAGCACAUUCUAUGGCGACCGUCCCCGCACAUGGAGCUCGUCGAAUACGAAUUAAAUACCGUGACGUAUGGCGUAAAUUGUGCACCGUUUCUCGCGCUACGGGUCUUGCAAGAGGUCGCUGAUGUCGACUGCUGCGGUUCCGCCCGUGUGUGCGACGCGUUGCGUCACCAGACGUAUGUAGACGACAUCUGUUAUGGCGCCGACACUGUGGACGACGCGCUCAGUAUUCAAGUAGAGUUAACGGCUGUCCUUAACGGCGCGGGUUUUGAACUGCGAAAAUGGGCGAGCAAUACCGUAGCGGUCGUGCAUGCUGUCCCGGAAGAAUUCCGGGUGAUUAAAUCCACAACGUUUGCCGGUGAUGAGGGCGGUGACACGAAGGUACUUGGAUUGUCUUGGCAUACCGGUGGCGAUUAUUUCGGAUGCGAAGCUCACCUCGACUCAACCCCGGUAUUUACCAAACGUGGUAUAUUGUCACUUACCGCACGGUUUUUCGAUCCGUUAGGUUUAUUCGCGCCGACAAUUUUCCUCGCCAACCACAUUAUGCAACGCACCUGGCAGUCCAAUUGUACGUGGGAUCAGCGGUUGCCUACCGAGAUUCACUCAGAUUGGUCGCGGUUCGUCGACGAAUUGCCCGCGCUAGCCUCCGUGCAUGUUCCGCGUUAUUUCAAUACAACCGCUAGAGCUCCGUGUUCGUUGUAUGGAUUUUGCGACGCGUCGCAACGCGGCUAUGCCGCGGUAGUGUUUUUGCGCAUCCACGAUGCUCCUCGUGCGACGUCGGUCAUGUUGGUCGGUUCCAAGACCAAGUUAGCGCCGCUUAAACCGUUAUCGAUUCCGAGGCUCGAGCUGAAUGCCGCAGUGUUAUUGUCGCGCUGGAUGAGCCGAAUAUCUUUAUUAUUAAAUACGCACAUCGAUAUCGUUGACAUGUGGGCCUGGACGGAUUCGUCGAUUGUAUUGUCAUGGUUAACUGUGCCCCAUGACACAUUCAAGCAAUAUGUAUCAAACCGUGUUCACCAGUUCAGAGAUGAACCCGGCGGACUGUGCGUCCCUGAGUUGCCGCACCAUAAGUUAUAUUGGCAGGGCCCCGCCUUUCUCCGUGACCCUCCGCAGGAAUGGGGGAGUGACAUCACGCGUUUGCCCGUUGUGGAACUCCCUGAAGUUAGAUCUGUGUCACCUGCAGUUUGUCUAGCUGCCCCCACGGUCGAAUGGUUCACGCGUUUCUCGUCUUACGACGCACUCAUCCGUGUGGUCGCGCGUGUGCGCCGGUUUAUCGAUAUUUGUCGCCGACGUCCUGUCGUGAGAUCGAAUGCGCUUACUCGAGCUGAGCUCGACGGUGCAACUCGCGCGGUAAUCGCUGCGUCUCAACGUGUCACAUUCCCGACAUUAGUCAGCGACCUGCAAAAAUUACACCGCUUAGCAUCCAAGCCGUUGGCACGGCUGUGCCCUUUUCUCGAUUCCGAAGGUACAAUCCGCGUCGGUGGACGCUUACGUCAUUCAGAAUUACCAUACGAUUGUCGACAUCCAAUUUUGUUGGCAAAAGGGUCGUACCUCGCACUACUGGUAUGUCGUCACUGGCACAAAAUCACUGGUAAUCACUGGUCACUCGGGACCACGGGUAAUGACCUCCUUGAUACAUCGGCAAUACUGGAUUGUGUCGCUGCGUUCCGUUAUCCAUUCUGUCGUUAG